UUCAGUGUAAUUCCCAUUCCUAUGAUAAUAUUUCCAAUGAUCACACUGCCUGCCUGUGACGGCAUUUAAUGCUGCCUUUUUCAGCUAAUUUGUGCCUGCCCAAUUUAUCGCGCCCUCCCACAAACGUAACACAUGCAUGCAUAUCUCUCUCUCUCUCUCUCAUAAUCUACGUUCAAAAUUUCAACACGGCCCUGCCGCCCCCCGCCUCAAUUAAAUGCUUCUCUCCGCUCAUCAUCAUCAUCAUCUUCUUCUUCCUUCUUCUUCUUCUACUUCUUCUAUAAAAAUCGCUUUCCUUCACCCAAUUUUUUCCUCCACCACCCACACAACUAUACACACACACACACGCACACCUCUCUCUCUCUCUGAAAAUAUAUUUCCCCUUCCAUUUUCGCUCACUUUCUCGGCAUUAUAUAUUCCAUCCAUCCGCAUAUAUAUAUAUAUAUAUAUAUAUAUAUAUAUAUAUAUAUAUAUAGUAAUCCAAUCAACUGUCAUCCUAUAUUUCCAGAAUUGUAACAGCUGCGUGUAGUUGCAAAUUGGCGCCUGCUUUUGCUUUUCCGACGGAAAAUUAGUUAUCCCCUGCAACUCUGAUUUGUGUUCUUACGUUGGGGUGGGGUCCGCCGUUAACAUGGAUACACUAACGGCGUUAAUGAUCUUCGCCUCCAUCGCCGCUUACUUCUUGUGGUUCAGAUCCAUCUCGCGGUCGCUCCGUGGUCCACGUGUCUGGCCCUUACUGGGCAGCCUCCCCGGCCUCAUCCAAAACUCCUCCCGCCUCCACGACUGGAUCGCCGACAACCUCCGCGCCUGCGGCGGCACCUACAAGACCUGCACAUGCGCCGUCCCCUUCCUGGCCCGAAAGCACGGCCUCGUGACGGUCACGUGCGAGCCCAAAAACCUCGAGCACAUCCUCAAGUCUCGGUUCGACAAUUAUCCCAAGGGCCCCACCUGGCAAUCCGCCUUCCACGACCUCCUCGGCGACGGCAUCUUCAACUCCGACGGCGACACAUGGCUGUUCCAGCGCAAGACCGCCGCACUGGAAUUCACCACCCGGACCCUUCGCCAGGCCAUGGCUCGCUGGGUGAACCGGGCGAUCCAGCUCCGGUUCUGUCCCAUUUUGAGAACGGCUCAGCUCAAUGCCGAACCGGUCGAUCUCCAAGACCUCCUGCUCCGACUCACCUUCGACAACAUCUGCGGUUUGGCUUUUGGGAAGGACCCGCAGACGCUCUCCCCGGGCCUCCCCGAGAACGGUUUUGCUUCUGCUUUCGACCGGGCGACGGAAGCUACCCUGAAGCGGUUCAUACUGCCCGAAGUAGCGUGGAAGCUAAAGAAAUGGCUCCGCCUCGGUUUGGAAAGCACCAUGACCCAGAGCCUGAAACACAUGGACGAGUACCUCUCCCACAUCAUCAACACACGCAAGCUUGAGCUGUUGAGUCAGCAGGAAAGUGGGACCCUCCACGACGACCUCGUUUCGCGGUUCAUGAAGAAAAACGAGUCCUAUUCCAACGCCUUCCUCCAACACGUGGCUCUCAACUUCAUCCUCGCUGGCCGGGACACGUCAUCGGUUGCCCUGUGCUGGUUCUUCUGGCUGGUUAGCUUAAAUCCAAGAGUGGAGAACAAGAUCAUCGCCGAGCUGUGCGCCGUUCUAAUGGAGACACGUGGCAAGGACUGCUCCAAGUGGCUCCAGGAUCCGCUUGGGUUCGAGGAGGUGGACCGCCUGAUCUACCUGAAAGCUGCGCUUUCGGAGACGCUCCGGCUGUACCCGUCGGUGCCCCAGGACUCGAAAUACGUGGUCGCCGACGACAUUUUGCCUGACGGGACUACAGUGCCGGCGGGGUCGAGGGUGACGUACUCGAUAUACGCGAUAGGGAGGAUGAAAGGGAUAUGGGGGGAGGACUGCCUGGAGUUCCGGCCAGAGAGGUGGCUGUCGCCGAACGGAAAACUGCUCGACGGGAAGGACUCGUACAGGUUCGUGGCAUUCAACGCCGGCCCGAGAAUUUGUUUGGGGAAGGACUUGGCGUAUCUGCAGAUGAAGUCGAUAGCGGCGGCGGUGCUGCUGCGGCACCGUCUGGCCGUGGUGCCGGGGCACCGGGUGGAGCAGAAGAUGUCGCUGACGCUCUUCAUGAAGAACGGGCUGAAGGUUAACGUGCACGGGAGGGACUGGGCGCCCACAUUGGCCAAUUUGACGUCGAACGGUAAUUGCAGGAAUGGUGUAGGUUGCGUGGUUGACGGUGAAAUGGUAAUAAGCUGAGCUGCAAACCUAAAGAGGCUCGAUUUGGUUGUGGGUUGGCCCAUGCAUGUUUUACUCAUAUAUACUAGUGCAUGCUUGGGAGAUAUUUAAGACGUGGUGAACUUACGACGACCACAAGUGUGGAGGUGUGGAGGGAAUGGCUAAGAUUUGUUGAAGUGGCACUGUCAUGCGCGCCCCCGCCUAUAUAUAUAUAUAACUACAUAUAUUGAAGAGGGAAGGGGUUUGGUAUAACAACAUUUUUAAUUUUCUUGGCCUAUAUAUGUAAGCGUUCUACUUUGUGUCAAUCAAAUUGAAACCUGAUUAAUUACAGCAUAAUUUUCAGAGCAAAUUUGAUUGGAAAUUAA